AUAAUAGCAGUUUACUAGCGUCCUUUACGUAUAUAACAUAAGUAAAAUUAAAUUAAUAUUAUUGCUUUAUGCUUCUAAGAUGAAUGUAUCGAUUGAAAGAAAGCGAGCUGAUUGUGCGGCCCUGCCAAAAGGCUGGCAAAGAGAGGAAGUUCUCCGCAAAACUGGCCUUUCCGCUGGCAAAGUGGAUGUUUAUUACUACAGCCCGACGGGUAAAAAGAUUGAAAGUAAGCCACAACUAGCCAGGGCCUUGGGGGAUACAAUCGAUCUUUCCACGUUUGACUAUCAGGCAGGUCGAAUCGUGCCUAGCGCGACGCACAUGAUGCUGCAGCACAAUGCGCUCAAGCGGAAGCUUGGUGCAUCGCCAACCGGUUCGUCGGUAGCACCGUCCGGAGUAACUUUACCACCACCGGUUCCGAUUUAUCAUCAGUUCGCAUCUGCCAGCGGGGGUAGUGGUGCUGGAGGAGGGGUAGGAGGCAGACAAUCACAUCAGCAGUAUGAUUACAGUCGUGGCAUGCGAGCGGAUACAUCUCUGAUUCCUCCCAUACGGCAAACGGCAUCCAUAUUUAAACAACCUGUGACCGUUGUACGUUCACAAGACAACGAUAGUAAGGUUAAGCGUGAUCUACAGCAUGGGUCACAAAUCAAACCCAAACAGUUAUUCUGGGAAAAACGACUGGAGAACCUUCGAGCCAACAACACAUUCAACGAAGAAAUCGGUUCCUUGGAGCUACCAAAACGCUUGAAGGCAGUAGGACCGGGCGUGAACGAAGCCACCGUUCUUCAGUCGCUGGCUACAGCGUUACACCAUAACACGCAUCCGGUAACAGGACAAACCGCUUCCAAAACUUCACUCAACACCAAUGCCAGCGUGUUUCUCAAUCCCGACCAACCGCUAAUGCAUGUGGCUACUGUGACAGAGGAUGAUAUCAAACGACAGGAAGAACGAGUUCAGUAUGCACGCACUCGGCUCCAAGAAGCUUUGCGGGCAUAGGAUUUAAAAAUAAAAAAAACCGUAUUUUUAUUAACGCUGUAUCAAGUAAAUGUCCAAUCAAGUUUCUUACAUAAGCAGUAAUUUUACAUUUUAUAAAGUAUCAUUUGACGUAAAAAAUAAACAUAUUCAAUG